UCGGGAAGUUAGCUGAGAGUGCGCAGUCUGGUACAUAUCUUUCCCAUACAUAUCCUGUCACUUGAAUCCGAGGUGUGAAAAGGCGAAUGCCAAGCUUUUGUGAAGCUCUACCAACUUCGUCGGAACCUCACUUUUUGACCUCUGUCUGAGCUUCACCAUCGACAUCUACCCAAUACCACCCUCAAGUCAUGGCUUCUCGAUACGCUAUGAGGCAGCUCCACGCCUCUCGUAUCAGCAAACAAAACGUAUGACCCUUCGACAUCCGCCCAGCCCAUUCAAUUGACUUUAACAUCACUUCCCAGGCCCUGCUCCUCACCAGCGCGCUCGCAACUGGAACGGCAAUUACAAUGACCACUUGGGCGAUGCCAUCUCGUGAACUCUACGCCGAAGAGCACCCCAGCUCGGAGUCAUCAGACAUAUCCCGCAAACCCAUCUACGACGAUCUCCCCCUUUCCAUCCCCUCACCCGCCGCCGUGGCCGCAGCACCCGCCGUAAACACCCCGGAUACACCCAAAACCGCUCCCACAGCCCGCACCGCGCCCACGCCUACCGACCGCCUCGCAUCCCAGAUCCGCCGCGCCCGCCUCGCAGCCCACGCCUCCGCACAACGCACCGAAGACGCCCUCGACGACGCGCUGAGCUCUGCCAUGAACACGGAGCGCAGCGUCGCAGGCACAAUCGCCUCGCUCGCGCCGCCCAAGGGCUCGGGCGAACGCCUCCUGCCCGGCAGCAUCUACGUGCUUGUGGCGGCCAUGGCGGGCAGCAUCGUCAGCCGGAACAGAAAUAUCCUGCUUCGCUUCAGUGUCCCAGCUGCGGUGGGCUUGGGUGCUGCGUAUACGAUUCUGCCGCUGACGAUGCGUAAUGUGGGCGAUUUGGUGUGGAGCUGGGAGGAGAAAUACCCGGAGUUGGCGAGGCGGCAUGUGCAGGUCAAGGAGCGCGUAGAGCGCGUGUGGGAGACGGGUAAGGCGCAUAGUCAGAUGACGGUGGGGAUGGUGGAGGAGAAGGUUGGUGAGGCGAGGGGUGCGGUGGAAGGGUGGGUCAAGAAGGGGAGGUAGAUGGUAGAUGUGAGGCUUGCGGGAGGAUAGAUGGGACUGUAAUUAUAUGCUGUAACUGCGCAGCAGUUCACGUAGAUGGUGAUGCAAAAGUAGACAAUGAGUGUGGCAGUUUACUUAGAAGUGGGCAUUG